GUGGAAGAGUGAGGACAGGAGUGUCGGGGGUGGGGAGCGCAAAGGGAUGGGGCGAGGCGCACAAGAAGCUUUUAGUAUGCGCUGCAAUGCCUAACUGCAGCCCACGCAUCUCUACUAUGGUGAAUUAUGGUGAAAUAUGAGAAACACGGGAAGAGCCGGCAGCUCAAAAACAGUUAGACGUGAUGAGAUGACACAGCCGCUGGACUGAUUAGUCAAAUAGGGGAAGAAGGGCACAUAUGAAGAAAUAGACGAACGACCUCAAGACACCUUUUGAGAAGAGAAAAACUGGAUUUAACAAAACAUUAAUAGGCUACAUGCGUCUGCACAACAACAAGACAAUCGCGGUGAAUUCCUGCAUGCCAUUAGCCUAUCUGAAAUAAUGCUGCCUGUACUCGGACAGAUAAUGCUAUGCUGCUUUGUUUAGUGCAUGGAGACUGUUGUGGAUUUCCAUGAUCCGCACAGGAUAGGGCUGCAAAUGGCUUGAGCAUGUCUGGCACCUGCCCCUCCAAACUAACUCGCGCUUGCAGUCAACUACAACAUUUCCAUUUAAUGUCUGAAAUGCAUGAACUUGGCUGCUUGGACUCACAUUUAUUAGCAAUAGCUUAUUUCGCCAUCAGAGGGUUGGUUUCAUCCAUGGAGUUGUGAAUGCAUUCUGUUUCUUAGUAAUGUGCAUCACUGGUGUAGUCAUAUGGAUUUUCCCCAUCCGAAAAAAAGGAUGGUGAUAUUUACGUUGAAAUAAUUAAAAAAGUAACAUUUUUUUAAACAACUUAGGAAUCAAACAGGUGAUUCCGCGUUAUUUCUUAAAUCUCCUCGGCGGCUUUCAGAGUAUCUUUUCUUCAGUAAGUCCACUGAUGCCAGGCAACAAGGCUGUCGUUGUUUUUGUUUUGGGCGACGGCAGUGUCAUGUUAAAUUUAACUAAUGUCAGGAUUUUAAGUGUGUUUAUGUGCAAACCACUUGCCCCCACCGUCGUCCCCGACCAGCUUCAGCCUGUAGCGUAGCUGCAUCUCGGCAUGUGCCCGCUGGUCACUGAAGCGAUGGAGGUAACUCCUGCAUCCUCACACCUUGUCCCCUCUCCCAUUCCCACUGCCGCCUUGCUGCAGCGCCAGAGCUUCGGAUGAUAUAUGAGUGACAGGAAGGAGCUGCUUGGACCGAGGGGAGUGACUCAGGACCGGGCACUCUGCUUAAGAUUUACCAGCAGAGGACAGAGACUGUAAACAAGCCCAAUACGUGCCUGUGAAAAGUAGCAGCAGGCAAAUCUGCCUGACUGUACAAGUGUGUGGAGCCUUUACCUACUUGUGGCCCAGCGUGGCCCCGCCCGGUCUGAAAGCUGCAGGUCCCAUCUUCUUCCAUCAUGACGGUCGCUACCAGCGACCCUGCGGAUGAAGCAGCAGCACAUCCAGGUCAGUCUCAUGACCAUUACGACUCGGAUCCGGAUCAUGAAUGCUGCGAGAGGGUUGUCAUUAACAUCUCAGGCUUGCGCUUUGAGACACAGCUGAAGACACUUUCCCAGUUUCCAGAGACACUGCUAGGUGAUCCUAAAAAAAGGAUGAGGUAUUUUGAUCCGCUCCGGAAUGAAUACUUCUUUGAUCGGAAUCGACCAAGUUUUGACGCUAUUCUGUAUUAUUACCAGUCUGGAGGGAGACUGCGCCGGCCUGUUAACGUGACUCUUGACAUUUUUUCUGAGGAGAUCCGAUUUUAUGAAUUGGGUGAAGAGGCUAUGGAAAUCUUCAGGGAGGAUGAAGGUUUUAUAAGGGAAGAGGAGCGGCCUCUGCCAGAAAACGAGUUCCAGAGACAAGUGUGGCUUCUGUUUGAAUAUCCAGAGAGCUCAGGACCAGCUCGCAUCAUUGCCAUAAUCUCUGUCAUGGUGAUUCUUAUCUCUAUUGUCAGUUUCUGUCUGGAGACACUGCCACUUAAUCGAAACGAAGAUGAGAUGUAUAACUCACUCCAGUCCACAUACAACACCACCACUCCAUCUGCAAGCUUUUAUUUUACAGAUCCUUUCUUCAUUGUUGAGACGCUUUGCAUCAUCUGGUUCUCUUUUGAGUUCCUAGUUAGGUUCUUCGCCUGUCCCAGCAAAACUGGAUUUUUUGGCAACAUCAUGAACAUCAUUGAUAUUGUGGCAAUCAUCCCGUACUUCAUCACCCUCGGCACAGAACUAGCAGAGCGGCCAGAGGAUGGCCAGGCAGGCCAGCAAGCCAUGUCGUUGGCUAUUCUCCGUGUCAUCCGUCUAGUUAGGGUAUUUCGUAUCUUCAAACUCUCACGUCAUUCCAAGGGACUCCAGAUCUUAGGGCAGACACUGAAGGCCAGCAUGCGUGAGCUGGGCCUCCUCAUCUUCUUCCUGUUCAUUGGUGUCAUCCUCUUCUCUAGUGCGGUCUACUUUGCAGAAGCAGACGAGCCAGUUUCUCAGUUCAGCAGCAUCCCCGAGGCCUUUUGGUGGGCAGUGGUUUCCAUGACAACCGUAGGCUACGGAGACAUGGUCCCAACAACUAUUGGGGGGAAGAUUGUGGGGUCUCUCUGUGCAAUUGCCGGUGUGCUGACUAUUGCACUGCCUGUACCGGUCAUUGUAUCAAACUUCAACUACUUCUACCACAGAGAGACAGAAGGUGAGGAGCAGGCACAGUAUCUGAAUAUGCCAAGUGUGCCUAAAGCCAGCUCAGCUGACGAGCUGAAGAAGAGCGGUCGGAGCGGCAGCGGAUCCACUCUCAGUAAGUCUGACUAUGUGGAAAUCCAAGAGGCAGUGAACCACAGUAUGGAGGACUUCAGAUCAGAGGCCAGGAAAACAGGAAACUGCACCCUGGCCAACACUAACUAUGUAAACAUCACCAAGAUGCGUACAGAUGUAUAAUGCGAGCUCGGAUGAUUUACUUCUGCUGGGAUCUACAAUAACUGUAGUAGGAAGCUAAAGGUCCGCAUACUGAUAAAUGUAUGGGGCCCAGAAUAAGAGUACAGAGCAGAUCAGUGAGAUUAACGUGGAGAAAGGGUCAGUAGAGAAGACCACAUCCUCUCCCACAUCAUGUUCAUACUAUAGAACUGUCAGCUGUCGUAUUCACGACAUUGUUAGUGUUUGCAUGGAGUUAGUCUUACCUGUGAAAGUAGUUAUCCUGCCUCCAACAGUAGCAAAAUUGUAGCCUAACCAUAAUAAUCAAUAAUAACAAUAUAAAAGGACCACAAAUUUUUUUUUAUCUUCUUUCUCUAAUUGCUGCACAAAGGAUGCAUGAUAACAAUAUUCCAACAAUAUUACAGACGUGUCAUAACUUAUAAAACAGGCCACUCGAUCAGCAUUCAUGGGCAGCUUUAAUCUGCUGCUCUAACUGCCAAGGUCCAGAUACACAGAAAGAUCAUUUCAACCAGAUCACAGCUGUUCUCUCGAGGGAACACCGAAUUAAGAAAGAAAGAACGAGAGUGCAGCACCAAUAUGCUGGUGGCCAUGUGCACUAGUAUUCAUUCCCUUGCUACAUCUUGUCUAGUACAAGCUAGCAGAGACAGGUAGAUACCAACAGUCUAAAUGAGUGCUUUGCUGUAAUUCUGUACACCACAUUCUUUUCCUGCCAUUUCUUCUUGAUGAAGUUCAAAAUGAUUUACAAUGUCUAUGCAGGGUGCGUGACUCUCUCCACUCGAAGCCUUUUCUUGCCUCUAAUUAGUGCAGAUUAGCAGGUGAACAGCAGAACACUGAACAGAGUGAAUGUCUUAACGUAUUCUACUAAUGAGUGUUUUUAAUAUAAUUAAUUUAUGAUCAACGUGGUCUUAUUACACAUAUUUUCAUGGCCUUAAUGUUGAAUGAAAUACUCUUUUAGUGUUCUGGGUGAGUUUCCAGCCUCUUUGCUGUAACCUUAGACACGCAGUUAAACGUGUUCAGCUUGACAUCACUGCCCAAAAUAAACGUUGCUGUUCUUGACUUCAAAGCAUUCCAUGUGUGUAGGAAUAGAUACAAUGAUUUUGUGGGCAAAUUGCUGACAUUCUGUUGCAUAUAUCAACACAGCUUAGGUCUCAUGAUCAACUGAAAUGUAUAUAUGUCAUUUUUAAGCUUCAGCUUUAGUGCCAGCAUUUGAGUUUACUGCAAGUCUGCUUACGACGUCUUUAGCAGUUAGCUGUUAAAACAGAGUAAUCUGACCUAAUCAAGCUGCUUCACAGCGUUAUCCUUUAAUGGCCUCCAUCUAAGGCAGACAUGAAAAGGGAACAUUUGUUUUCCUCUGAAAGUUGUUAUGUGCAACCACCUGCUAAAUUGGAUCUUGGUUUGUAAAAGACAUCAAUUUUCUUUUGCUAAUUUUGUAUACAUUUUUUUCCGUUUCUGCACCCAUUUCAGAAAUCAUUCCCCUGGCCCAACAUAUUUAACUAACCAAAACUUAUGCAGUUCUGAUUUUGCAAAGCUGCAUGUCCUCAAAAGUAAUCAUUGGUGCAUGCAUUAAUAUAAGUAAUAUUUGACAAUAAAGAAAGGAAAACGUACUUAAUUACAUACAUGGAAAGUUCUAAGCUAGAGAGGGUAGUGUGUUCAUGUGGCAGCUUAUUAGCUACCUCCAGCAUAGGAGAUGAAAGAUAUCAAACUAUGAUCCGCCCUGUGGAUGCUAACAACAUCCCAAACUCUUCACUUUUCUAUUUGUUAUAGUCUGUUGCCGUCACGACCUAGUAUCUAUGUAUCGUGAAAGCGCACCGUCUGCUCCCAGCUCAGUGGAUGCACUGAGAUUCAUAGCUGAUCAGUCAGAGUUUUUGCUCACCCAAGUGUAUUUGUAAUGCUCCAAGGAUCUGUAUGAGUGCUGCCAUCUCUAACAUAUAGGUCCAUCAACCUCGGUGUGUAAUAUUUUGUGGGUGAGAGAGCUUAUGAGAGAGAAAUAGACUCAGACACAAAGAGACUGUGAGAGAAACGUAGAGCUGACGUCACUGCUCUCAAAUGCUGCUCCCCUUGUUUCCAGGCUAGAAUGACAAUGGUGCUCAGCGUUAGCACAGUGUUUACAGCCUAUGUACUGCAUAUAUUAAACACAUGCACAUAGUAUAUUAAACAAAGCAAACUGAAAGGAAACACUCCGUUGUGAUGAUGUCCACAGUGCGUGUGGACCUGUGAGAUAAGCUACAGUGUCUGCAAAGGCAAGUUACUGAAGACUUAAAAUAUAAGGAAGUAGAGCAAAGUCUGUGAAGGGAAGUAUGAUCAUUCAAGUGAGACAACACUGCCGCAAUUUUCUCCCUUGUAUUUUUCUUAUGUGUAUUUGCAUUACUAUGAGCUGCUCCUGUGUACAGGAACACCUGCGUAUAUAUGUCACUUCAGGCUUAGGCUGGACGCUGUCUUUGCUGCUCUUCUUAGCAAGCAUACAACACCUGAAAUGACAACAAACUCUCAGAGAAACCAACAGCGUGGCACAUCAGGAUCUAAGUCAUGGAUAACACGGCUUUGCUGUACUGCACAACACGAGUGGACUUGUACACAGACACACAUUCAUACAAACACUGGGCAUUUUAAAACAUACAGACAGUGUACACAGAUGCUUACCCGUGACAUGUAAUCUUAUGGACAUGUCUGGCAGACGCAUUUCUGUGACAGACUUCGCUGCCACAACGGACCUAAACCUGCCGAUUGUGGGGUUUGCACAACUGCAGCCAUGUAAAUGUAUCUAAGAGUUAGAGCUGCUUUAAUUAUGUCGUCAAGUACCUAAUGCUUUAGAACCAGACUCUGCCAUGUGUAGGUUCCUGCGUAAUAGAAAAUCCAUGAAACUGAUUUGCUUUGUCAGAAAUGAUAAAAUCCUGUUGUUUUUCACUCUGUUUUUGUAUUAAUUAGCUGCCGUUGAGCCUCAGAAGUGGAUGGACUGAGGUUUGAUGCAGACCUUGGUCAAAUAAAUCCUGUCUCAGUACAAAGUUACUCUCAGAAAACCAGUCGCUCUGCUCUGUCUUCUUCAACUGUUUGACAGGCAAAAACGUGUGUGAAUGAAAUAUAAGAUAAUCCUCAGCUCAUUGACUGUGUUGUUGUCUAUACUUACAGCUGUCUAUGCUCACUAUAUGUACAAGGAUUUAUCUGCUAUUGUAUGCAAAAGAAGGAACUAAGAAUCAAGCUGUAUAUUAUUACACCCAAAGAAAUAUGGAUUUGAAUGUCUGUCCUUAUCAUGUCCUAUGAACAUAAACUAAAACCAGAAAAUAUCUAUUCAGAGAUACUUUCAUUAUUUAAAAUAAAUGUAUAUUAUAAAGUUAUUAUGAAUUAUACUGGUCUCAUUGAUAACAUCAAGAAUAUAUUUAUGCUAACAUGCAGCUACUGUUGUGUUUUUCUCAUGUGGAUUCACACCGUGGUGUCCUAUAAGCAGCUGUCACAGAAACGAUAGUGAAAUCGGCUGUGACAUCAUUUUGUGUGAGAAAGAAAACAAAACAAAAAGGAAAAAGCUGUAACAGAGCGUAUACAUCGAGGGAACCGCUACUGGAGCAUCUGCUCUCAUGUCCAUUACAUACGGUGUAUCAACCCUCACCACCUAAAUGGCUUCGUGUCCCGCUUUUCGCCUUAAGUGAAUCUUGUGCUCUCUGUGGAUUACUGAGAAAGCAAAGUGGCCUAUUUAUAAAACCAGCAAGGAGGGGAGUGAGCGAGAGAGAGCAAAAGGCCCUUGACUUGUAAUUCAUCAAAGUGGGACAAGUGCAAACAUUUCUCUGAAUCAGUACCAUUUGGCACUCCCCCUUGUACCUGGUUUGUUUCUCCUCACGUCGCCUUGCUCACUUGUGCUCUUAUCACUGCUGCUUGAGUAAGUCUGCCUUCCCCUCUCUAUUAUUUGGCCCUCGACUUUCAUUUGCCACACAUUUUCCUCGUGAGUUCAUCUGUCUCCCUCUCUGCAGCGCUCUAAACACUAAAUGAUGCACAGUGGAUGAUUUGAUCCCCCUUCCCAGACAUAUAUCAGUAUAAUUUUCUCUCUGGACGUCUCAGUAGGCUGGGUCCGGAAAGUCAGGUAAGGACAGCAGUGGGAGGAGGUAACUGAUGGUGUUUUCCCACUGAUUGAUAUCUGAUUGUAUUAAACAUCAACUCACCCAUAUAGCCAAUAUUCCAGUCAUAUUGCCCACUAGUGGUUCCUCCUCCCUGCAGGGUUAUUGUCUCUUGUCUUUAGUGACGCUUUGGGGCAAUUUUAAUUACUCUUGAUUUAGUGGCCUUGAAAAGUAGUGACAUUCAUUCACAAUAUUACCAAUAUGUUUUUGUAGAGCUAGUCAUUUUGAUUGACAUAAGUGCAUUUGCUUUUAUGCUGUAUGAGGUAAUAUCUAUUAGGCCAAGAGAGUGUCUCAUGUGCAGGACAUAUUUCCCUGAUGUACUGUGAGCUGAUUUAUACCCGAACAUGCAGCCCUCUUAAUAGCCUGAGUGCAUCUUUACAUUCACGUGUGUGGAGGAGGGGAGUUUCCUUUUUCAUCAGUCCUGUAUGAAUGGUGAAAGACCCCGUUUUAAUAACACUAGGUUUUCUUUUUUCUGUUCACAGGUUUAUGAUUUAAGCAGCUAGAGGACUGUGUUAU